AUGUCUAAUCGUUUAUUUGGACAGCUAUUUGAAAAAGAAACUGCAGUAAAGUUAAAGCCAAAAAUAAAAACUGCCUCCUAUUUCACAAUAAACAGUGAUCUGUCCAACUAUCAGACACCUACUUUUAAAAUCUCUAAAAAUUCUUUCGAUGAAUGUUUUUUCAUUUUAUCCGAUGAAAUAUCCAGAAGGUUAGCAAUUUUUUCUGGCGAAUGUUUGCAAGAAACUGUUGACAACAUAACGCCUUACGGAAUGGCAAUUUUAGACGGCGGUACACGUUUGGCUGUUAUUGAUAAGUACGGCGGAGGCAUCGGCAGCGGGGUUUCAACUUUGAACUUUUACUCUCUAAACUAUGACAACAAUAAAACCACACUCGUUGAUAAAACAUGCAGGGCUACAAAAUGGUACUUUAGUUAG